UAAAAACACACAUUUCAUGUGUGUCUUUGUCCCGUCUUAUCCUUCGACUCAUUCAAACUUAUCACAGSAUAUAGGAAAAACAAGUCGAAAAUCUUGCAACACAAACGAAAAUAUCAUCUGGAAACCAAAACAGUGAAAUAGGAAAAACUAGCGCGAAAAUCAAGGCAAGCGAACUGACGCGACAUGAACAGCUUUGAAAAACAGAUCCUUGACAGCCACAACAAACACCGAGCUAAUCACCAGGCUCCACCUCUGAUUUGGAACGCUCGUCUCGCAAAUGAAGCGCAAGAAUGGGYCGAGCGGCUUGCUCGUGAAAAUCGAUUAAAACACGCGGACAUAGAAGACGGUGAGAAUAUCUAUAUGGCAUUUGGCAAGGAUGUGAACGGAAAAGAAGUGACCUAUAAUUGGUACGAAGAAAUCAAGAACUACAGCUUUGGAAGACCGGGCUUCCAAAGCAACACGGGCCAUUUUACGCAGGUCGUCUGGAAAGGAAGUCGAGAGCUUGGUGCUGGGAAGGCCGUAGGGCAGGAUGGGAAGGUCUUCGUGGUGGCUCGCUACAGGCCGUCAGGAAACAACCUGAGGACAUUCCACGAGAACGUCCAGCCACCUAAAAAGGGUUCCAAUACGGACUCAGGGCAGUGGGAUCGCGUCAACAAUAACGACAGAGAAACUGCUCCCAGAGUUGACCCACACAAAAGACACUCUGGCCGAUGGGAUAGUAACACAGAAGUCAUGCGCAAUCGCCAGCCACUCAACAAACGAYACUCUGAUGGGUGGCAAUCAUUGAGUAUCAAUGAUGAUCGAUCUUGGAUUCAACAAAAUGCACCACAGCAAAACUCCAAUCAGGAACCCGUAAAAAAUAUMUCAACAAAACCUUCAAAGGUCAAAGAUGACCAAUCAUGGAUCCAGAAUAAAGUGUCUAAUACCACGCCUAGCUGGUCCGACCCGCGUAAAAGGUUGUCGAACGGGUAUGAUUAUUUUACCGCUACAAGUGUUAAAGUACAGCAAAACGCGCCAAGUAAGAUGUCCUGGAAUCCUGCUGCCAAGCAAGACAAAUACGACAACACAUCAGCUAGAAUGUUUAGCUUCUCUGAGCCAAACAAUCGCAUGUCUGGAGGCUGGGACGCCACUGAUGGUAAUACCAGGCAGGGGAAACCUAAGCAAGRGGRAAAAAAGAGAAGCACAGGUCGUUGGGACCCCAUUACUGAUUAUAACCAGGCGUUUCCCAAUGCUAAAUGGGACUCUGGAAAAUGGUUUGAGCCUGUUGAGGACAGUACGGUCAGUGUCACACARCAAUCUGCACCAUCAAGAAACUUUGAGGCACUGGACGAUGAUUAUGGACAAGAACYAACACCCAAAGAGAAAAGCAACAAGCGGCAUUCUGGUCGAUGGCAGCCUGGRGUGAAUGACGUAAUGUUCAGGGAACCACAGCAAGAAAGAGUCUAUUCAACCAAUCAACCCUUGAAGAAGMAAGAGUCGACUGGUAAGGCUAAAAAUAUCGCUGAUCGAUGGGAAAAGUCCAGAGAAUCUAACGGUGGGUCGUUGGGUAGAAAUGGAAGCGUGGAGAUUGAUGGAAUGCGUUACCAUGGUAUCCAGUCAGGGCGUGGCAAGACAAGGGAAUCUAUAAAACGAUGGGAACAAAAUGUAAUGGAUCAACCUGAGCCAUCAAGCAUGGGCAAUAGAUUUAAUAAAUCAAGUCAGUCCGUUACUUACCCGUCUAAUUCAAUCAACCAAUCAAAUCGAUCCACUCGACCCAACCAAUCAAAUCAAUCAUACCCAACCAACCAAUCAAAUCGAUACUCGUGGCCUAAUCAAUCAAAUCAAUCCAUGGAACGAUGGGAUCCGUUGUGGCAAGAAGAUAGACCUUCAAGCCAGAAGCAGCGACCAGCUAGCAUCGAGGGAUCCAAGAUUCGUGAAAAUAAGUUUCAAAAUACGCAAAUUACUGAGUACGAAUCCACUCCAUACAGGGAACCACGAGAGAGAAAGAUUAUAACGACGAUUGUUGACGGCCCCGAGAAAACUGUUUUGUCUUCUUUAACGAUCACUCUUAAGGGCAACGAGAGUCGAGUAAGUGGCAGAUCAAAAUCAUCUGAAGAUUUGCGCCCAAAAAGUUCUUACUCGAGAGGAUCCCGCGGAACACCCGGACGAGAGGCAUAUACAAGCUACCCAUAUGCCGAGGCACGUGACAGAAUGGUAGAUUCAAGAUCAAAAUCUUCAGAAGAUGUAAGAUCACGUGAUGCACAUCCUGUCAAUGAAGAUGUUAUUGUUGCGGAGGAAUUCAAGCCACGACAAGCGCAAAAUCAGACAAACUAUGAUACUACUGACGGAUACCGUGCAAUAAAACCUGUUACAAGGUUCCCUUCUCUCGGUCAGUUCGCACAGCAAGCCCUAGACACACACAACAUCUAUCGUGCUAUGCACGGAGUCACAAACCUCAUGUGGUGCGCCRAGAUGGCUGAUUCCGCGCAGGCCUUGGCCGAAAAACUAGCAAGAGAUCGGAGCCUGAAACACACAACACGAGAACGCGGAGAUGGAGAAAACGUAGCUAUGUUGACCGGAGGCUCUAGGAAUGCCGCUAAAGAGGCAGUCGAUACAUGGUAUAGCGAAAUCAAGAAUUAUAAUUUCAAUAAGCCAGGGUAUCAACCAAAAGCUAGUCACUUUACGCAGGUUGUUUGGAAGGAUACUAGAGAAUUUGGAAUGGGUUGCGCAACUUCGUCUGAUGGUCGUUUAGUGGUUGUGGUAGCACGGUAUCGACCUUCUGGAAACGUUCUUAGACGAUAUGAAUUGAACGUGUUUCCGAAAGUUGACCUUAUUGAUUUUUAAGUCUUUGGCCGAUAUUUAUAGCUAACUUGCAAUAAAAAAUAGAAAUGCGCAACACUGGAAAACAAGAAAGAUGUUGGACGCGACGGAGAACAAAUUUCUUGGUCAUGAAGUCUUAUUUUUCAAUUCCGUCAAAGACUUUGGUGUUCAAAUUAGUUUGGUCGAGGAUGGACACAYGUGAUACUUGUUUUAGAUUUUAAACCAGACGAGAAGAAGACCGCUGAACAAGUGCACCACACGUAAUAUCCUUCAAGACUAAAGCAAYUUUAAAUUAUUUCACUUGUAUUCUUGUAUUCAUUCGGCAUGCGAUAAGGGGGGAAAUAGACAUUUGAAACUUAACUUUAAAAAUAAAUAAAUAAAAAAAAUUAGUUAUAAAAUUUUCUCAACUCGUGAAAUAAAAAUAACUAGCCAGGCUUUAGAACAGCAAAUAUUUUAAAGACUCUUAAAUAAGCGCGAAACUGUGUUAAAUUUUAUUAUAAAUCUAUAAGUUUAGCGUCUUUGAAUUAACUCAAUUCCUUCAUAUCUUCCUUUCUUUUUUAAGCCGAGGGAGAUGGAAUUCUCAAAAAUCGUAAAAAAAAUAUACUAGCAGUAGCAUGAUGAAGGUUUGGUCAGAGAUGGACAAUUCUUUGUAUUACCAUGUAUCAUAUUAGUUUAAAAUGAAUUUGAAUUAGAAAAAACAUAUUAAAAUUUCUCAAGGAAA